AUCCCCACUGGACCCCAGGGAGAAGAUCCCCACUGGACCCCAGUGAGAGGACUGACAUCAAUGCUACUAAAGUCCUGAUGACGCUGUUUUUUUUUUUUAAGCAAGAUGUAAGAGAUAUUCACGUAACUCUGGGAUUCUGUACUACUACCACUCACAUCACGGCUACUCUAACAGUGUCUAUGGAAUGACUUGUUUAUCUGAGAACAAAGUGGAUAUAUCUGCAUGGAAUUAAGGACACAAUUUACUCUGUUCCUUUAUCACUCAGUAAUGAGUGCACUGUCCGCAUCUGCAAGAGCAAGUCAACGCUGCAAAACCCUGGAACCGUGAAAUAUAUAGAUAUUUCACAGCGAAAGUAAAGGUCUGCUGCAAUACGCGUUCGCCUGUUUACACGUGUGAUGUACUAUGUCCUUUACAGACAACAUGGAAAAAGUCGCAUGGGCACUUUUCAUAGGAACUGCAUUGCUGGCUAUUACCAGUGCGAAUGUAUUUGACAAUUGCCUCGAACGACAUGAUGGCUGCUGCACUCAAUGUCUCCCAGGCUUUCGACGUACUGCUGAAAAUUGUCAAAAGUGUGAUGCAUGUCCACUUUCAAGUUACAUGGAUGUACCAAACAGCAACAUCAACUGUAAAAGAUGCCGAAGUUGUGAAGGAAUUUUCCAGUAUGAGAAAACUUGCACAUACAAAUCGAAUGCUGUGUGUAAAUGUGUCCCAGGGAAAAUAUGUGCUGACAAAGACUGCAUGACAUGUAAAAAUAUUCCUUGUAAAGCAGGUCAACAACUUAUUGACAAAAAAUGCAUAGACUGCCCAUAUGGAACUUUUAACGAUGGAACCGAUAAGGAAUGUAAAGCAUGGAAAAGCUGUGAGAACAGUCACAUUUUGCUUAAUGGAAGCAGUUCUUCAGAUGUGGUUUGUGCAGAUCUUAUCAAAACUACAGAAAAAUCUACCACAAUAAUUACAACAGUCAGAGAGGUAACAAGAAAACCAGACGAUAAUACUGUAAUGGUCAUAGUUUACAUUGGGAUCGUUAUUGCUGUUCUCCUAUUUGUUGUGGUGUUGAUCGUUUUGAAUCAGAAAUUCUUGAAAUGGGUCAAGACAAUGAAAAAUAAAGUAAAAAAAUUGCCUGUUCAGAUAAACACUCCAAAGGAAGAAGAUGCAUGUAGCUGUCACUAUCCAGAGGAGGAACAAGGAAAUGCACUAUUGCCUGAGCAACACUUGCAUGACACUGUCUAAAAUUAGUUAUUAAUCACUGAACCUGCUGCUAAAGAAAUAUUUUCUCUGUGCCAACAGUUUGGAAAAAGAUGUGGAAAUGGAUGGCUGAUAGUAGCGUGACAGUAUUAGUCAAUAAUGGUGGCUGAACUUUACCACUUUCACGGAUUACUGUUGUCCAUGAAAAAAACUUUUAUGAAACUGAAAAUGAAGAGACCUGGAAUAAUAUUGUAUCGAACACUGCCAUAAACUGUAUCACUGAUAAUGUAAUCUCUCCUCAAUUUUGAUUGGAUGCAAAGAUGGAGUCCAGUGAAGAAGAUUUUAAUUUUGGUUGCAUGGUUAUAUUGAAUGUCUGUGCAACAGCUUAAAUCUUAGAUAUUACCAUCUGAUGAUCAACAUGUAGUUCAAGCACAAAGAAAGAAAAAUCAGCACAUGUAAAAUUUGUUUUAUAGUCUUGUUUAUUUGUACUGCUGUAGUGUAGUUAUUUUGUUAAAUUUUAAAGGUAAAAUAUAUAACUAUUGUAACAGAAACUUUUAAUUUAUUUUCUUUAGAAACUAUGUUCCAAGGAGACCAUUAAAUGUUUUAUAAAAUACUGAGUAGCUAAAUAUUGAGGCAAGUCUGAGAGUAGCAAGAGACAUUAUCAUACCUCCCUACCGGUCUCAUAUUCCUCCCAUCAACUCCCCAUUGAUAUUUUGUCACCUCUCUAAUAUAUAGUGAAAACAAAGAGUAUUUAUACUUUUGUGGCACUUUCACCUGAUAUUGUAGCUUAGUCUGUGCUGAGUCCUCUCGGACAAAAUAUCCGGUGCAGUUAUGGGCACCAGUUUUAAACAAGGAUAUUACUGAACUAGAAAAAGUGCGAGCUACAAAAUUAGUAAGGGGAAGGGAAAACAUUCCAUGUGAGGGAAGGCUAGAAAAACUUGUUUUCUUUAGAAAAAAGGUGCUUCAGAGGGACUGGCUCUUCUUGACUCACCUAACACAUACCAAUAAGUUGGCAUUUCAGUAUUCACAUGGAGGAACUUGCGGGGGGUACUCACUGGGAGCAUGAAUUGGCACCAAUCAUCACACGGGUCAGUCGUGCCAUUGCAAGUGCUAGUUUCC